AUGAUACGAUGCCAACGGCAGGAUCGAGGUGUUGGUCAUGGAACAGCAGUCAUCGACGUCAAAAUCGAGUUUUUCGAUCCUCAUCAUGUCUACAAACUCCUUGCCCCCGGUCUGGCCCCUCGAUUGCCAUUGCACAACCUCCAUUGGCAGUCGCACGCUGGACCUCUCCGGUCCAUCGAUACCCUGCACGUAGACUUGGUUCCAGGUGAUGCCUCAGAAUCCGCCGAAUCCGGGCCGGCCAAGUCGAGGCGGUCUACGAAUGCUUCGCACGAUGAUGGCUUCCAGACACAACAAGUGGGCGGUCAGACCGGCUCGACAGAAACGGUUGACAAGCAGCCUGCGUCGACCAAGAGCUCCUCAUCGGGCCAGCGACGCCAUCAGAUUCCUGGCCUGCGCAGCACCCCCUAUCUCAAAGUGCUGCUGGUACGGUGUGACGACAACGAUUCCUACAAGGCCGCGGUGAGAACAGAAAUUCGUGAAUGGAUCAAGGUGCACACGCCACCGUCGAGCUCGUCCAAAAAGGCCAGCAAGCAGGAGAAGCACGACGCCUUUGAGUGGCUGAUAUUGCAUGUCGUCCUUCCCAAUACCACAGCUGCUACUCAACCUCGGAAUACUGGAAGCAAGGGUGAAGGCGGUUCAUCAGAGAAAUCAUCAACUACCUCGCUGUGGCGGUCGGGGUCGACGCCAUUGAUGGAGAAACUUCGAUCUGAUUUCAAUUCCUCGAGUAAAGGCGCGCCAGAUCGUGUGGCCCAGAUUCGCAUUGGCAUCAAUGAUGUGCCGUACGACUCGCUGCCAAGGGUUGUCCCCGCUGUGCCAUCUGGAUACUCAGAGACGGAACAAGACGCUGAAAAUGCUUGGAACGACUUGAUGAGCAAAUUUAAGCGCUUAAUUCUGAGCUCUUUCGACAUGCGUGUAACACAGUACGAGGAGGAUAUCAAAGAAAAGGACGGUCAAAGAAGUCUACCAGGAUGGAAUUUUUGUACCUUCUUUAUUUUGAAGGAGGGUUUGGCACGGGGGUUCGAAAACGUCGGCCUUGUUGAGGAUGCCCUUGUCGGAUAUGACGAGCUGGGCGUUGGACUUGACGCGGUCAUUAAAGAACAAGCUGAGAGCGGCGCACCGGAGCAGCAUGGCGGUGCCAUGUUAUCAUACACGGAAGAGGUGAAAAGGGCGGCCAGGCGAGCCUGGACGGAGCUAUCCGGCGACGCUGGCGACGAGGAAGCCGUGGACCUGCAAAAGCAGGAAGCAGCCUCAAACGACGCGGACGAGAUUCCUAUCAGUUCAUCGAAAAAGGCCUAUCGCGACAUGAUUCUUGCCAACAAAGUGUCCGUAUUUGACUUCAGAUGCUACAUUUUCUCCCGACAAAUAUCACUACUCUUGCGCUUAGGCAAUGCAUCAGCAACGAGAGAAGAGCUGCUAGCCAAGUUGAUGGAUCAGCGCGAUUCGAUUCUCCACGGCGUUGCGCCGCCCAUGCCGCCCAUGAAUAAUGACGAUGGACUCGAAAAUUUGGGCAUGCUGUCCGAGGUAUGCCGACGGACGUUGAAAUUUAUUCCAGUGAUAUCCCAAGUUAUGCGCGAAGAUAUCACUGCGUCCCUGUUGGAUGCCUCCAACUCGAACAUGCCAGAUAAGGCACCGGUGACGACCUUGGAUCCGUUGCUCCUAGAAGUCAUGGACAAUAUGGCUGCAUCGUUUUCGUUUACAAUUGCCCAGCAGGUUCUCGCUCAGACGUCGACCAAAUCACUGCCCAUCCCUCCGCCAACCCUGGCCAAGGGGGACGGCGCCGAGCCAAAGGCAUCAAUUCCGGAACCGAAGACUAUGCUGCAUCCAGCAAGAUCCUCCUCCUUGCAUACACAGCCAUCACCUCGGCCGCCGCCUAGCCCCAGCUUUCCUGGUCCUGGUAGGCAAGUGAGUCUUGCAGAGCCCGAGUCACACGCGUCGUCUUUUCUCAAAGUUGGACUUGAAGAACUAGCAGCUCGUCGUGCAGAGUUAUACAUGCUAUCUAGGGGCAUACUAGAAGGCUUGGGCAAAAAGCGCGGUUGGUCCAACGGCUGGGAUGAAGCACCAUUGGUUGGUGAGCCUGGGGCUGGCGGCUUGGAAGAGGUCAGCCUCGACGAUGACGCUGGCGAUGGUGGUUUGAAUAUUGGACCCAAGCCUAGCACACAAUCUACUGCACGUUCAGUUGCCGGCAUAGAGAGUCAAAUCCUGCGAACGGCCAAUGAUAACACAGUCGACUUCUAUCACCUAUACGAAAUUCUCACUGAUAAAGCUAAUCACCACUUUGCCGUUGCAAAUCAUGUUCAUGCCGUCAAGGCUUGUACGGCUGACCUCGCCAUGCUCAAAGUUCACCUGAAAGAGUACAAGGCUGCCACGUCGUACUUUGAACAGACCACCCCGUUUUUUGCAGAGAAGGGCUGGUCGCUUUUGGAACUCUCCCUGCUAGUCAUGUAUUGCCAGUGUCUAAGCGAGCUCGGAUCAAACGAUCACUACGUCAAUGUUGCAAUGACACUUCUCAUCAAGUCUUGUGCCGCCGAAAGAGAAAGACGAGAGCAAAAGUCUGGCGUAGCAGCGCCGCCGAAAACCUCUAUUCUUGAGAACUCGCCUAUCAAGCAAGUCGCAGCCAAACUAUUUGCGCUGACCUCAAAUCUCUCUACAGAAGUCAAGGUGCCACUAUCAAACUUUUUCAUGGAUGUUGAAUUGGAAGGAACACCUCUAUAUCAUGACCGCAAGGAUGGGUGUUCAUUGAAAAUCCAACUCAGGAGUCUGCUGCCAGAAAAGCUGACGAUGGAAUCCGCGAAGCUGAGAAUAACGUGUACGGAUGGCGGACCGCGGAAAGACAUCAACUUUGAAGUUGGGGGGGAUAUUGUUCUUGCCCCAGGCAAAAGUUCCUUUUCCGUAGCGUGCAAUUCCGUCAUUCCCGGAAGCUAUCGUGUAAGCCGAUUAGCUUUGACAGCCAGCAACCUGUUUCUCUACCAUGAACAAGACGUCAACUCCUUGCCUCCCCGGACGAGCAACAUCUUCCGGGACCCUGAUGUCACCCUGUUCCAGCGCACCAACGCCCUCGACGUGCAGUUGACGGCGAGCAAACACAUAAGUCUUGGCAAAAACAACGCACUCGAUCUCACCAUCUGUUCUGGGUGGAACAUGUUGCAGAGCUGUGAUGUUAAAAUCCGACCAACAACGGGUGGUCUCCGUUUGUUGACUACAGAAGCAAGAUUCGUCGACGAAAUCAUCAAGUUUGCGAGACCGCCCGAAUCUGGAGUGCUUUUCUUCGGUCCGAUUGAAGAGGAGACAUCCAUCACGGUGCGCUUCCCCUACUCCAUUGAGCAGGAUCUGGGCGACGUUUCAGUCAAGGCAGACGUUACCUACGUAACAGAAGAUGGCGAAUCAUUCCAACUCGCAAAGUCCAUCAUGAUUCCCGUGUCACUGGCACUUGGAGUGAACGUCCAAGACGUGUUCAAGCACAAUGCGUUGUUCUCGCGGUUCAACGUGGAUACUGCAUCAUCCAGCCCUCUGAGACUGUUCAAGAGCGAACUUUUGGGGUCGGAGCUGUUUGAGCCCUCGUUCGGCAUCCCGCCGGCCAGUCCAGUCAUGAUUUUCCCGAAACAGCACGCUACAUUGCUCUACAGAGUGAGGAGGAAGGAGGGGGUAGCGGUGGCGGCACGAAGUGACAGGAUCAUGCACCUCAAGCUAUACUACAGCGUGCUGCAGACGGAGAUAGAGGCGCGCAUACAAGAGUCGAUUCUGGAAGGCCUCAGGGACACGCCGCUGGAGCUGUAUUCUAGGGUGACGGCGGCGCGCGUGUUGGAGGCAACGAGAAACGGGCUACAGGCUCAUGAUCUAGAACGGGCGGCGCUGGUGGGCGAAGUCACGACAUCGUAUCUCGAAAAGGUCCAGUGGGGACAUGACCUGCGCGGCCUGGGAUGUGUGCCUGGCACGAGUGAGGAUGCGGCGACGAAAUUGGCCGAGUUUCUUCACGAUUGGCAGAGGAGGCACCCCCGCAUGACCAUGCCGACCUGCACACCAGACGACCCGUGGUCCAUUGUGAUACCGGUCGAGGUCCCAUCUCUGCCCGUCGUCCACACGGCGGACAUUCGCAUCAGCCAAUGUCUCGUGGACCGCCUCGAGGGGCGCUCGGCGGGUGCUCCAGCGGCCUCGGUGAACCAGGUGCUUCGGGCAACGCUCCACCUGAAAUGGACACGCAUUUGGGACACGGAGGCGCUGGGUCGAGACGACGAGGAGUUUAGCUACGAGGUUGCGGCCCCCAGCGACGCGUGGCUCAUUGGCGGCCGUCGAAGCGGGCACUUUGUCAUCCCCGGCGGCAAAAGGCCCAGUGCCAUGUCAUCGACGGCAGAGACGGAAGCCGAGAUCCCGCUGGUGUUGAUACCGCAGAGGGAGGGGUAUCUGCCGUAUCCAACGGUGGACAUCAAGAGCGUGCCGCCGACGGCGGGACUUGGAGGGGCGGCGAGCACAGCCGCGCCGCCGUGCGAGGUCGACUGGAGGAACCUGGGCGAGACGGUGAGGGUGGUGAACGAGAGGCGCAGCGUGACCGUGAGCCUGGAUGCCAGCGGGCCGGGGGGAGGGCCGCUGGUAUGUGAAAGCGAAGGCGUGAACAGGCAGGAGGGCAGAAUAGUGGCAUAG